GUGAAGUUACAUGUUAUUGAAGAUGUUUCAGUUUAGAAGUAAAUUUGUUCAAUGUUUAGACAUUAUUUGGAGACAUAUACCUCAUAAGUUAAGUUCAUGUGCUGUUACCUUAGCCACGUUUGCCUUUGGAAUUACUUGUAAAGGAGAAUGGGUGGUGGUUGCCAUUCAUUUGUUUCGACAAUUUGGGUUUCUCCCAGAAAACAUACCUUCUAACUCUUCCUUUACUUCUGAAGAAUUUACAUUUGAAAACAUUUCUUUGGAAUCUCUUCAUCUGCAUGGAUUAUUUACAAUGUGGAUAGUGUGUAAUCUUAUUGGAUUUCUCGUAUAUUUCUCUAUUGGUGGAUUUCUCCAUUGGCAUUAUUAUUUGAAGCAAAAAGAUAAACCAAACCUAUGGAAGUGUCAGCCGACGAAAUGGCUUUCCGCAGAGCUUGAGAGACAUGAAAUACUGUUUGGUAGUUUGAGCCUUCUCUGUGUUGACACAGUGACUUCUGUUUUUGCUACAUACAUCAAGAAUGGAGGAUGGUCUAUGGUGUACUACCAGUUUGACGAGUACACCUGGAUGUGGUACUUCCUUCAGUGGCCUGUCAUAUUUAUCUACCAGGAUUACGUGACGUACUGGCUGCAUCGUAUGUACCACACUCCGUGGUUGUACCGCAAGUUUCACAAGGCUCACCAUCGCUAUGUCCAGCCUACAGCGUUCUCUGUUACUGCCAUCCACCCUGUAGAGAUAGUUCACAUACAGCUAACAUUGGCUCUACCGUUGUUUACCAUCCCUACACACUGGACUUCAUUCACCUGCAUCGGAUUCUAUACCUAUUACCACGGCAUCAUCGACCACUCAGGAAUUGAUUUUAAGGCUCCGUGGUGGCAACCCUGGAGGCCUGACACCAUAUUCCAUGACAACCACCACCAAUACUUCCACGUUAACUUUGGUUUCAACUGCUAUUAUUGGGAUAUUCUACAUGACACGUAUCGCCGCAGAGACCGCAUUUAUAAAGAGGAUAUCUUCUAUGGCAGAGGUAAGCCGAUAGCUGAAGCUACUUCCAAGGAGAUUGAAGAAGAGGUUAAAUCCCGCGAGUCAGAAAACAUUAAUGCUCAUAGAUACAUCAAUCCUAUUCUCAACACAUCAGAAUUAAUAGAAGAGGAUAAAAGAGGUGGAGAUUCUUAGCGGAAGUGUGUAAGCCACAAUGGAUUUAAAAAAAAAAUUAUUAUUUUAAAACCAUAAAUAUUUUAUUUUGAAUUUGUAAGUUUCAAGGAACUUUUUAAGGUGAAACCCCAUUUAUCCCAGAAUGAUAUUUAAAAGUUUUUAAGUACCGUAUUGUAGUUAAUGUUGUGAACAUGCAAUCAUGGUUUUGACCUUUCCUAAUAGUUGAAUUUUAAUAAUGCAGAUUUGUCUACAGAUUUAGAAUUGUUUUGUUUAUUAUGUACUUAGUUACCUUAUGAAAUGUUCAAUUAAUGUUUGAGGUUUGUUUGCCAACACAAAAUAACUGUA